AUGGGUAACGCCGUGGUAUGCAGCUCGGGUGGAGAGGCAAAGAAUGAGUGCAAUAAGCUCCCCCAAAGUGGUCAGCUGACGGAGCGUCCGCGACAGCCAACAACGCCGACGCCUUAUUUCGACCAUGAAAAGGGGGUCCGGUGCGACACGACUUUCGUCGAUGGCUACGAAAGGAUAGGCUUCUCACCUCAGCAUCAGCGAAGCACCCGCUUCUCUUCCACAGGCGUUUCCCCUGCAGAGCUCUGCAGCCUCUCUGGAUCGACCCCUACUACUUCAGAGCUUGAACGCCAGUCUGUGACCCCCCAGAUGGAGUGGUCACAGUCCCUCAGCUACACUGUCAGUCUCACUAGUGUGGACUCCCAACAUGACUACAUUGUAGACCUUGACGCCUUGUCAAGCCACCUCCGUUCAGACAGAAGUACUGAGGUGCAACACGCAGAUCGAUCAACAGAGUCAAGCACUCGCUCAUCCCAUGUCACCCUUAGCGACAGUGGUCUCGAGCUGACUCCUGAAAUUUACUUUACCGAUCACGCCGAGUACGCUGCCGUCACUGAGCGUCAAGCACCACGGUUGGACCCAACAACACUCAUCUCGCCACCGCCGCUGACCGAGAGCCCGGUUAAAAGCCCCCAUUGGGAUGACGUACUGCUGCUGCUCAUCCCGACACCAACACCAUCAGACUUGAAGCCGGCGGGGACACCCGCCGUCACUGCAGAGAGUCCUGCCGCCCCUGCAGCUCCGAGCCCCUGUGCCCCUUUUUCGCGAAAUGCAAAGACAACGACAAGGAAGCCGCCCGACGACGGGCGCAGUCCUGACAGCAAGUGUGCAAGUUCGAGGAGAGAGUCCACCGACACGCUGAGGGAGCCGAUGCGUGGACCUCCUGCUCCUCCGAUGCACCUACUGGAGCAGAGUCUGCCAUUCAGUCAGGUGAGGGCGCUGCACGCCGUAAAGGAGGUGAAGCCGACUCGCUCACCCACAUCAUCUGCUGCCUCGAAGGGCACCAAAGGUCAUUCACCGGAAGUCUUGCCGAGGCAGUGCAUCACUAACAGCAGCGCUACCUUUGCCCUCACGCCGCCGCCACACGUCGCUGUCAUGGCCGCCAGUGCCAAGGCAGCAGCGAAGACCGCCGACACGAGCAACUCGUCCAUUACCGGCUCACCCGGAUCGCAACCGCCCGCGCUGUCGUGGAGUUUAAUCCGCCGGAGGAAAAACAGACUCAGUGGUGGCAAGACGAUCGUUCCAGAAGCAACAAACGACUGUUGGGCAGCAGGACGCAGUACCUCACCGCGGCACACGCCUGCAGCUCACGAGGUGGGCCACACGAGUGCCGCUGGGACGCUGCUAAGUGGCACCUCUGGUCUUCCGUCAUCUCCCGCUGCCGAUGGGCUUCGUACUCGAGGGCGCGGCAAUCAGGACUUGGCAAGCCUUGCCACUGGGACAGGAACCAGUGCGUCUUCUACUACGAUGAAACCAACGCCGAAGCACACAAAUCGAUGCACCUCGCGGGGCGCUGUGAAUGAUGGUGUGCGUGAGAGUCUCGUUGCCUCCCAGCUACCCCGGAGUACGAUGUCAGACGACGAUGAUGGUGUCUUGCCACUGAAGUUCGCUGUCUGUGGAGUGGCCACCGUGCCUUCGCCUCAGCGAACGGAAUGGCAGACGGCAACAGCGCAGACGACAGCAAACCACAGUCCCGCACUCACCUCCACAGUUGUCACAUCAACUGAAGCGGCACCGCACUCACCAAAACGCAGUGCCCUCACGUUGACAGAGGGGGGUGGCCUGCCGGAUGCCAUUGCCAAAGCGCACUUACAAGCGUCCAAUCCGAGUGCGAAGGCGCAGAGUCUACUGCACGCCGAUAACUGCAUGGGAGGGCGCAAGAGAGAGAAACUGCAGAACUCGUUAUCGUCUGCAUCACUACACUCUCCCCCUUCCCCUCGACAAGGCGGCAGUGGCGAGCAGCGAUGCAGACGUUUCCAUAAUGAAAGUGAGAGCCCUGGCGAGCGCAUGGCGAGGUCGUCACAUGACGAUCAAAACUCUCCACGGCACAGCAACAUGGGUGACUCCAUGCCGAACCUUGGUGUUAGUUGCAGGGUUGACUCCAUCCUCAAGAAGACCAGCAGCUACCGCUCUCGCAAUGGAUCUCUGGUGGAGCGAACGCUGCCGGCAGUGGGAUCGGUGUCGUUUCUGUUGUGCAAGCAGGAGGCGGCGCUUGCCUUGGUGAGCCGCCAAGGCGUGUCCAAGGCCGUCUCACGCCAUGCAAAGCCGCUCCACAAGGAAAACCUCCAACUGCUCGAGGACCUCUAA